AUCUUAAAUGACCCAAUUCCAUAAAAAUAAGCCCAAAAUCCAAGCCCAAAUACCAAACCCAUUUAACCCAAACAAGCCCAAAAAAAAAAAAAAGGGAAAUAAACGAAAGAAAAACCAAAAGGGGAUCUGGAACUUUCUUCAUCAUCAUCAACAACCUCCAGCCAACCACCCCCCUGCACCGAACUAGUGCCCUUGCCCCUGCACUCUAGCGUUGCACCAACCGUGACCAGUGCCCAGCGCCUCACGCCUGAUACAGGUUCUUGUGCUAUCAAUUGGUAUCAGAGCUGUGAUUGCUUGGACCUGUGGUGAUGGCUACUCAAGAGUUGAGGCGAGAGUUUGCUGAAUUCCAAAAGAAACAUGACGCGGACAUAGCAAAUAUCGACAAUACUUUGAAGGCCCAAGUUGAGAAUAUGAAUGCUCUGAGGGAAGAACUUGCGAAGUUGGUACAAAUCAUCAACACCGGGAAGCUUUCCUCUCCGGUGGUCGCCCAAACCUCCCAAGGACAGACGCAACAACCAACUUGCACUCAUCAGACAUGUUGUUCGGUAAAGUUCCCUGAAAGCUCAAAUACUAUUGAUCCUAUAGCUAGUUUGACAAAGUUUGGCAAGGUGGAUUUUCCUAGCUAUGAUGGUAUUGAGAAUUUUAGGGGAUGGCUGUAUAAGUGCAAUAGAUUCUUUAAGGCUCAUAAUAUUCUUGAUGAGAAUAAGGUAGAAAUAGCUUCAAUGUACUUGUCUGGUGAUGCUAUUAUCUGGCAUGAAUGCUAUAUGCAAGACAAGAUGACAUUUUCGGAUUGGCGAGAUUAUAUUUUUGACAUGAGUCUUAGAUUUGGGGAGGGUGAGAUGCAGGACCCAAUUAUUCUGUGGAAGAAUCUUAAUCAAACUUGUAGUGUGAAUGAUUACCAGAGAGAUUUUGAAAAGAUUAGGUCCAGGGUAAAAUGCAGUGAGAAACAAGCAAUGGCCAUGUUUGUUGGAGGGUUGAAGGAAGAGUUGCAACACCCUGUGGCGUGUUACAAUCCCAAAUCAGUGGUGGAAGCUUAUUCUAUUGCUAAGCAACAAGAGCUGUCCAUAAACUCCAUCAUUAGAAUAACCAAGAACCUGAGCCUUAACCCCAGAAAUUUACCCCCACUUCCGCCAUUAACUUCCAAUAUUCAGAAAUUACCCCAAUACACAAACCCAAACUCAUACCAUAAUUUCCCAAGACCUCCACCAUUUACCCCUCAAAACAGUUCCUUGAUCUCCUCAAUGGCCAAAACCCAAAAUAAGACCAAAAAUACCCGCACCCUUACUGAAGUUGAGAUGGAAGAUAAGAAAAGGAAGGGAUUGUGCUUUUUGUGUGAUGAGAAGUAUACACCUGGACACAGAUGUGCUAAGAAAGGGUUGUACAAUCUAGAAAUUCAAGCCACAGAUGAAGAAAUUGAUGUGGAGAAUGAUGAAAUGGAGGAAACUCAAAGUCUGAACCAGUUAUCUACUAUUGAGCCAAGGAUUUCCAUUCAUCCUCUAACUGGUGAACAAGCAUAUAAUACAUUGAAGGUGAUAGGCUUUGUCAAAAAAAGGCCAAUUUUGAUUCUAAUUGAUUCAGGGAGUACUCAUAACUUCCUUGAUGUUAGACUGGCCAAGAAGCUUGAUUGUAUAACUGACAGGGUGAAGCCUUAUCAGGUUAAUAUGGCUGAUGGUAACCAGAUUAAAAGAGCUGAAUGGUGCAAGAGCUUUGAAUGGAAGGUGCAAAAUCUGGUUUUUAGUACUGAAGUCUUAUUAUUACCUCUGAGUGAAUAUGAUCUUAUCUUGGGAAUCCAGUGGCUAGAACCAUUGGGAAAGGUUCUUUGGGAUUUCAGCAAGAGGACUUUGCAAUUUAUGUAUCAAGGGCAGAUGGUACAGCUAGAUGCAGCUCCUAGUCCCCAGUUGAAAUGGAUUGAAUCUGACCAGAUGAUUUACACCUUGCGAAAGGAAGAUUGUUCAGAAAAAAGCAAAUUUUUUUUGGUCCAAAUGUUGUUGGAGGGGUAUAGUGAUGUAUUUUCGGAACUUGAUGCCUUACCACCAGCUAGAACCCUUGAUCAUCAAAUUACUCUGAAAGCAAGAACAGAACCUAUAAGUAUAAGGCCUUAUAGGUACCCUGUAGUGCAAAAAGAUGUGAUGGAGAAGUUGGUAAAAGAGAUGUUAGAGUCUGGUUUUAUCAGGAGCAGCACCAGUCCAUUUUCUUCCCCGGUUGUGUUGGUCAAGAAAAAAGAUGGGACUUGGAGAAUGUGUGUUGAUUACAGGGAGCUAAAUAAGGCUACUAUCAGAAUGAAGGAGUCAAAUAUUCAUAAGACCGCUUUCAGGACUCACCAAGGUCAUUAUGAGUUUCUGGUGAUGCCUUUUGGUCUUAUAAACGCUCCAUCCACCUUCCAAUCUGUAAUGAAUGAUGCUUUUCGGCAAUUCUUAAGGAAGUUUGUGCUUGUCUUUUUUGAUGAUAUUCUAGUUUACAGUAGGACAUGGGAACAGCAUCUGCAACACUUGCAGCUAGUACUCCAAACUUUGAUGGACAACACUUUCUAUGCAAAGCAAACAAAGAUUAGUGCAAUGCAAGCUUGGCCAGUUCCUAAAUCUGUCAAGGAAUUAAAGGGGUUCUUAGGCCUAACAGGCUUACCUGACUUCCAAGAAGAAUUUAUCAUUAAAACAGAUGCUUCAGGAACUGGUGUAGGUGCAGUACUAAUGCAAAAGGGACAUCCAAUUGCAUUUCUAAGCAAGGCACUAGCAGCUAAGCAUCAGGGGCUAUCUACUUAUGAAAAGGAAUUAUUGGCUCUGGUUAUGGCAGUCACUAAGUGGAGGCCGUACCUAGUUGGGAGACACUUUGUUAUCAAAACUGAUCAUCACAGUUUGAAAUACUUGUUGGAGCAAAGAAUUGCUACCCCUGCACAGCAAAAAUGGCUUUCCAAAUUGUUGGGUUAUGAUUAUGAGAUCAGUUACAAGAAAGGGGCAGAAAAUCAUGUAGCAGAUGCUCUAUCAAGGAUCACUAGUCAUGAAGUAUCUCUACGAGCCAUGUCUAUGGUCACUACUGACUUUCUUGAAGAGAUUCAGUCUUCAUGGGUUCACGAUGAUAAGUUGCAGUCACUUAUCCAAGAAAUACAAAAGACACCACCUUUUUAUCCAAAAUAUUCUUUUGUAGAUCAGCAGCUACGCAGAAAAAGGAAAUUGAUGGUUGGCAAUACUGAUAAUUUGAAGCAAAAAUUAAUAGCAAUGAUUCAUGCAGGAGCCUUGGGGGGACACUCUGGUGCAGAGGUUACAAUGAGGAAGUUAGUUGCUAUUUUUUACUGGAAAAAGAUGAAGAAGGAUGUGUGCAAGUUUGUAAGAGGCUGCGACAUUUGCCAGAAAAAUAAGUAUGAAACUCUAAAUCCAGCAGGAUUACUACAGCCUUUGCCAAUACCUCUCAGAGUUUGGGAUGAGGUGUCUAUGGAUUUUAUUGAAGGUUUGCCAAACUCGAUGGGUCACACAGUGAUUUUGGUGAUAGUUGACAAGUUGAGCAAAUAUGCUCAUUUUUUAGCCUUAUCGCAUCCUUAUACUACUAUUAAAAUAGCUCAACUUUAUCUGGUGAAUAUUGUCAUAACCCGAUUUUUCAUUCAGCUUAUUUAAGCUUUUCAUAUAAAAAGAAAAACAAAAAAUAUAUAUAUUAAUCACAAAAAUUAAUUUAAAA